GCUUCUAAUGGCUCGUUGAACAUGGACUCUGGUGUUGGUUCAUCCAGCGGAAGUGUGAUGUGCUCGUGCGGUCUUCCUGCCGUUAGACGAACAGUGAGUCAAGCAACAGCCAAUCGUGGUCGUCAGUUCCUUGUCUGUCCAAAUAGUACACCUGGUGGUGGCAGUGGCUGCGAUUUCUUUCAAUGGGUGGACACUGCUCCUGGUAGGUCUUUCUCUCGUCCUCGUGGCUCUCGUACCAACGUCAACACUCCCUCGGUUGUCGAUCUGGGCGAUAAUUGGCCACCCACAACGCCACUUGGUGGUUCUGGCUCCAGAAGUUGGUGUAAUCGUGACGCUGGUGGCGGUGGCGGCGGUGGUGGUGGCAUUCGAAAGUGUAGUAUCUGCCGCCUUCCUGGUCACACACGCAACCGGUGUCCUUCGACUCUGCGAGAGUAG